AUGCAACCAGCAAAAAUGAAAGGACUCUUUCUGACAAGAAUGUGGAAAGUUGUGGCUGUUUUGGUGCUGGCAACACAACACGUCACCGGUAAGACACUGAAGUACCAAAUUUAUGAGGAGCAGAAGGCUGGCACGGUUAUUGCCCGUUUGAAAGAAGAUGUGGCGGAUGUUCUGGCUAAACUUCCAAGCUCAGUUUCUCUCCGCUUCAGAGAUAUGCAAAGAGGGUCUUCGGCUUUCCUUACGGUGCGCGAGCAGGACGGAGAAAUCAGCAUCAAGACCAAAAUUGAUCGAGAGAAACUCUGUGAAAAAAAUCUCAACUGCUCUAUUCAAUUUGACGUGCUGACACUCCCCACUGAGCACCUGCAGCUGUUUCACGUCGAAGUGGAAGUAUUGGACAUCAACGACAACGCACCCCAGUUCGCCCGCGCCGUCAUCCCCAUUGAGAUCUCCGAGAGCGCGGCCGUGGGAGCGCGCAUUCCCCUGGACAGCGCCACAGACCCCGACGUCGGGGAGAACUCACUGUACACCUAUGCCUUAGAGCCUAACAACUUUUUCAAGAUUGACAUUCAGUCCAGGACUGACGGGGCUAAAUAUGCCGAGCUGGUGGUGCUCAGGGAGCUGGAUCGGGAGGUGCGCUCCGGUUAUGAACUUCAAUACACUGCCUCUGAUAGGGGCGUUCCCCCGAGAACUGGUACGACCCUCCUCAAAAUCAGUGUUAGCGACUCAAAUGACAACAGCCCAAUAUUUGACAAGUCAUCAUAUGUCAUAAAUCUUCCAGAAAAUUCACCUGUUGGAACUCUGCUCAUUGACUUAAACGCCACUGACGCGGACGAGGGCACAAACGCCAAAAUAGUCUACUCAUUCAGUAGUCACGUGUCUCCCAAAAUAAUGGAGACAUUCAAAAUUAACCCCGACAGCGGUCACUUGACCCUCAUGAGGCGGGUGGACUAUGAGACUGUUAACUCUUAUGAUAUUGACGUGCAAGCGCAGGACAUGGGUCCUAACUCCAUGCCAGCUCACUGCAAGAUCCUGGUCAAAGUGGUAGAUGUGAAUGACAAUAAACCAGACAUUAGCAUCAAUCUCAUGUCCUCUCAGGGGAACGGAGAUGCAGCCUAUAUAUCAGAGGCUUCUCCUCUGGAUACCUUUGUAGCUUUGGUGAGGGUGGAGGACUUGGACUCUGGUUUGAAUGGAGAGGUGGAGUGUAAACUUCAUGGCCAGGGGUUUUUCAAACUGCAGAAAACCUAUGAGAACAACUACAUGAUUCUGACUAAUGUGUCUCUGGACCGAGAGAAGAGGUCAGAGUUCAGUCUGACGGUGGUGGCAGAGGAUCGGGGGACUCCCAGUCUCUCCACUGUCAAACAUUUCACUGUGCAUGUAACGGAUGAAAAUGACAACCCGCCUUCUAUGAGACUGUGCACGGAUGAAUGUCGCGUCCUGGGACACUCUGACCAGUGCUGGAUGCCCCCACUCUCCUCUCCUGCUUCCUCUUCUGACUACCGCAACAACAUGUACAUCCCCGGGGAGGAGUCCUCUCAGCCACCCCAGCUUGAUGAUGACCAGUCCUCUGUUGACUCGGAGCGGCGCAAGAGUUUCUCCACUUUUGGCAAGGAGUCUGGGAACGAAGAGGCAGGAGCGGGGGGAGUUGUUGCCGGGGGAGGAAGUGAUGCAUGUGCAGCUGGAGGAGGGGCUGGUUCCCUCCUCACAGAGAUGAACAGCGUGUUCCAGCGUCUCCUCCCCCCUAAUAUAGACUCGUACGCCGAGUGCACUGAAACAAGCCCCCCCUCAUCCUCAGCGACCACUGAGAGAGGAAACGGACGUAGUGGAAACACUGCUGGUAACCAUAGUAACAACACUGCUCCUCAGGAUAACCGGAGAGGCUUGUUGCCAGGUGGGAAAGGUCCCGCUUACCCCCCAGGUGUAGCUGCAUGGGCAGCCAAUACCCACUAUCUAAACCCAGGGAGUGGAUCUGUGGGGACCACCAAUGUUUCCCCUUCAUCUUUUUCCUCGUCCUCCACCUCCACUUCCACCUCCACCUCCAACGGACAACCACCACACCUCAAAUGGCUGCCGGCCAUGGAGGAAAUCCCAGAGAACUACGAGGAGGAUGACUUUGAUGGUGUCUUCCAUCAGGGUCACCCGGGCGGCAAGCGCAGCGAGAGCCGCCAUGAGGCCGGCAUGGAUGCCAGCGAGCUGGUCCAUGAGAUUAACAAACUCUUGCAGGAUGUCAGGCAGAACUAGAGAAAAAAAGAGAUAGAAGGCAUAGCAUGGUUUCACUCUGUGAUGGGGAGGAGGGACAUUUCACCACAUUCUGGCAAAUGCUUGUUCUUUGUGCCAACAUAUAUAAACUUUAUGAUGACUGUUUCUUGUUCACUGUAAUGCUUGUCUAGUUUGUUUUUACCAAAUAUCCUCUUUCCGCACUGUGCCAAGACUCACAGAAAAGAGUAAAGCGUGGCACUGAAGUUGUGAUCGAGGUGACUUAAAGGCAUCAAAGCAGGCGCUCCAAGAGCAGAUUGCUCAUUUAUUAUUAGUCUUUCCGAAAGUUGCUUGAAUGAGUGAUUUCAAACGGGAAUCUGCCAACAAAACUGUACCCUUUCUUCAGUUGUAAUGUUUACAGCAGAGUGAACAGACUCCACAGGGAGAAACCAACAGUUGUGUGAUCUAAUUUCUUUUCUUUUUUUUGUUUUAACAGUGUACAAUAUUGUACAGUGUCUGUGAAAAAAAGGCAAACUCACUUGAAUAUUGUGCUAUGUCUCCUGUUUUGUUAUCAUGGAAUGUAACUGUACAAUUUGACCUUUGUAUUUUAAAAAU